UGUACAUAGUAUUUGCUUUGCUAUUUACUAUGUCACAAUGGAGUGGAAGUGCUUAAGGGAGACAGAUUUUCAAUUUUUUCUCCAAAUUUGUUUUCCAAAAAAAAAAAACCCGACCCGCCUAGGCCGAUUUUUCGAACACACUUAUAUCUUAUUUCGAUAGACACGAAGCAAAGUUGUACUUUCUACUUUCCCCGGGAAUAAACCGAAAAUUCGUUUUUGUUCCUUCACUUCUUUUCAAUCGCUUCCAUUUUCCCCCGAAGUCCUCACCUUUGACGGAAGCAAAAGGCUUUUCGAUUUCCCAAUUAUGGCCUGCACCGUCGCAAUUGCUCUGAUAAUCGUCACCACAACGUUGAUCGUGGCCCGUCUGCUCUACGUUUUGCACCGAACCGGCAAACCCCUCAAACCCAGAAGCUCGAAAGGCUCGGCUCCACAGCAACCCCUCAGCACCCUCAUCGUUUUAGGCUCAGGGGGUCACACUGCAGAGAUGAUCAACCUCUUGUCCGUGCUGCAAAAGGACAGAUUUGCCCCCAGGUUCUACAUUGCUGCUGCCACUGACAACAUGAGCCUCCAGAAAGCUCGCCUGCUCGAAGAGACUUCAAGCUCACAGUUCAUGCAGAUCUACCGAAGUAGGGAAGUGGGUCAGUCUUAUAUCACCUCUGUUUGGACUACUUUGAUUGCUUUGGCUCAUGGGUUCUGGCUUGUGCUCAGAAUCAGACCCCAAGUGAUUCUAUGCAACGGGCCUGGGACUUGUGUUCCACUUUGUGUAAUUGCAUUCUUGUUUAAGAUUGUGGGGAUUAGAUGGUCAUCUGUGUUUUAUGUUGAGAGCAUAGCAAGAGUGCAAAGGCUCUCCUUAAGUGGCUUGCUGCUUUACAAGUUUCACAUUGCGGAUCAGUUCUUUGUGCAAUGGCCCCAGCUACAGAGGAAGUAUCCUCGAGCUCACUAUGUCGGUUGCCUCAUGUAGUUGGUUCAGUUCUGCUCCUGGCAUGGGUACUCUCACUUUAACAGUUAACCUCCAAGUUUUUGCAAUGUAAUGUGCAUUUCUUAAGUUUCAACAACAUGUUAUACUUCUUGAGUGAGGAAAAGUGUGCUCUGAUCCCACCAAUGAGGAUUGGAUCAGACAAUUCGGAACUAUUCAACUGAUGUAAAGUUCAUUGCUUAAUCUAUAUGAAUACUUUUUGGGGAAUGUCAGAGAUCAAAACUUAUGCACAACAACUAGCUUCAACUUUGAUAUUAAGAAGAAUAAUUUAACUGU